UCGGGUGCCGGCCGCGCUGCAGGAGAGGCUGGCGGAGCGCGCCCUCGGGGCGGCUGCCCUCCCCUUCGGUGGGCGUCCUCGCCGGCCUGGCCACUGCUGGCGUCUGCUUUGGGCCGAGAGAUCCCUCGUGUUGGCACUGAAGUGACGGUGACAAGAACAGCAUGAAUGAAAGCCGAAUGGCAAACAAAAAGAUUGGAAUGGGAUUGACAGGCUUUGGAGUGUUUUUUCUUUUCUUUGGAAUGAUCCUCUUCUUUGACAAAGCUCUUCUGGCUAUAGGAAAUGUUUUAUUUGUGGCUGGCUUGGCUUUUGUUAUCGGUUUAGAAAGAACAUUCAGAUUCUUCUUCCAAAAACACAAAAUGAAAGCAACGGGCUUUUUCCUUGGUGGUGUGCUCAUAGUUCUCAUUGGUUGGCCUUUGAUAGGAAUGAUCCUUGAAAUUUAUGGGUUCUUCCUAUUAUUCAGGGGGUUCUUUCCUGUGGUGGUUGGCUUUAUUAGAAGAGUUCCAGUCCUUGGCUAUCUCUUGAAUUUACCUGGUAUAAGCUCGCUUGUAGACAAAGUUGGAGAAAGCAACAACAUGGUAUAAUGACAAGAGGGCAGAAGACUGAUUCUGAACUUACUGUAUUAUUUAUAAAAAUCCUUUUGAAGAAUACUCAGCACAAAGGUUAAGUUGUGUACAAAGGAAAAGCUUGUAACAUUCUUUUACAUAACAGUUUAAUUUAAAAUGUAUAGUUGACAAUAUACAUUUAGAAAAGAAGCUCAGCAAGUGUGCUUCUAGGAAAAGUAACUCCAGAGUUCAGGAAGUAAACUGAAGAGGGGAGAGUCAAGGAAUAACCCAUCUUGCAACUGUUCAAGACUAUUUGUGUUGGGGUUCUAUGGAAAACAAGCUAAAUGCAAAGAACACUUGUGGAAUUAAUGGUGCCUGUAGUUUACCUCCUUAUUUUGAAGGUGCAGUAGAACAAACAGGCCUGCAUUUUUUUUUUAAGGGUGACCCCAACUUAUCCAGCCCUCUGCUUGCUACCCUCAGAGUGCAAAACAACAAAUGAAAAACUUCUUGUGUAACAAGAGAUAACGUCUUUGCAUGAAAGUAAAGAUGAAAAGUCAUCUUAAAUCUUAUUAUGACAAAAAAAAGGAAAUCCCACACAGUUCUGUUGUAAACACUUUUGUAAAUAUGUGGCUGAAAUAAAACAUUGUUAUCUUAAUAUUUCAAAGCCAAAUGUAAGUUGAUUGUAUUUGCCUUCCUUUUUGGAAUAUGCAAAAAGUCAAUCUUUAACUUCAGUCGUAAAUGUUGGUUCUGAACAUGCAGAGUUCAACAAGGAAUUCUGGAAACUGACUUACACUCCUUCAUUUGUUCUUCUUGAGUCAUGAUGGGAAUGUAGCCUCUUGUUGCUAACAUGAAGAUUUUGUGAAGUAUAUUUAGUUCACAAAAAUGCAUUUGGCUAAGGUGCUGACAGGAACCCUAUGAAUUGUAUCUUAUCAAAAUAUGACCUUUUAAAAAAUUGUUUGGAGCUAAAGUUUCCUGUUUACCCUGGAACUACAAAUUGAAGAUUUUAUUUUUUACAGUAAUAAAAUGAAACCGUAAAGUUCUGUGUAUGUGAGUCCCUGGGAAGAAAAUCGAUCUAACUGGCUAACUGAAGAUCAGGUGCCAAUCUUGGUAUCUGUUUCGUAAUUUGUUCAUUGGAUUAUCUUCAAAUAACUUAUGACUUCUGUCAAUCAUAGACUUCUAUCAUCACCUUUGCUGUUACAGAGAUUCUUAGCUAACCCAAAUGAGGUGCAAACCUAAAAUAAUUGUCCACUACUAGUGCAAAGGUCACACUUAGGCUUCUAGAACAUCAUGCACUUUCAACAGAUUUAGUUACGUAGUGUCUCCACCUAACAAGAAGCCAGCAGUAAGUAAAUGGUAUUUGUGCAGGCUUUGAGGGGUUUUUUGUUGUUGUUGUUUUAAACAUUCUUCCUCUCUCUCAAAUAUAAUCCUAAAACUAUCUGAAAAGCAAUGUCAGUUUCUCAAGUAGCUGUGUAGUCUUAUCGAUCUAAUGACUGUUUUUUGGUUUGAGGUCUUUGUAAUUACAAAAUUAAAAAUAUUUCCAAACUAACUUCUAAGCUGAGAAGAAUACUUAUAUACCAACCACUUUGGAAGUUACUGCAAAGUGUACUGGUAUAUGUGAUAAGGUUUUUUUGUUACAACUGUAUUAAUAGCCCCAAUCUACUGUUUUCAACUUACGUAUUUAAUCUACUUCCUUCUUAAAUAGGCAUAAAAUGAUUCAGUGAAAAAGCAUGUCAUGGUAUUUAUUUAUAAUGAGUAGUGUCUGAAAAAUCAGUGUUUAUAUUUUAUAAAUGACAGCGGUUAUAUCUGCGUGAUGGCAUGUGUAUUAUAGCUUUCAGACAGGACUAAAUAUGACUUGUGCUCCUACCUCAAGAGAUGAACCAAUUCUGACAGCCCCUAUAGAUCUGUGUCUGUUGAAUGACUACAGAGUAACACUAUGGCUGUUUAUGAAACUGAUCUUGUUUGCUUUGGUAGAACACCAGUCUGUGCUGUGGGAAUCGAGUGCUAUUUAAAGCAGACAGUGUUCAUCAUUUACAAUAGAUGUUGGCUACGUAAAGAUUUUUUUUUUUUUUUUUUUUUUUUUUUUUUUUUUGAAAAGUAAUCUGAUGGGAAAGAUGGAUUGUACCACAAAACUAUGGAGUACUGAUUCAAAGAAAACCGUUUGGUAAGCUGAAGCACCUUCAUCAACAAGAACUGAUAUCUUUCAGAGAUCAUGAAUGUGUUGUGUGUAUUUUAGCCCUCUGAAGUUCUGUGAUGGGGGCAGUUCAUCUCACUUCUACUUAAUUCACUGUUUUAAAUCAAAAGUCAGUUUUUGUCAGAUGUGAAUUAUUGUGAAAAGUGUCCAAGGGAACAAAACUGUACGUUGAAUUUAGUGUAGUCUUUAUCCCUCAAAGUAACACUGAUUGUCUUUGAGACAGUUUUGCCAAGCUAAAUAUGGGUGCAGCAAUGGUCAAAACUACUUAGCCUUAAAGUGUUUCUGUCACUGCAAAAAUACCUUUAACAGAAACAUGUUUGGAACACUUCCCCCUUUUAAGUGUAAUUUAGAAUUGCUGCUUUAAAAAUCAAAGAUGAAUCUUAUCCUGAGCAAAUGAAUAUUGUAAAUAUACUUGUCAUACCUUGAAUAAAUGGGUACCUUUUUCUAUAA